AUGACCAGAGGUUAUGGAUUCACCUACUUGCCAAUAGACUGUGGAGGAUUAAUUCGAAACGUUGCAAUCUAUAACAGCUACGAACUGUGGCAAACCGACAAAGAUUUCAUUAAAACUGGAGAGAACAUAGUCCUCCCCACCACCCAUACGCUGUUUCAGAUGAACACCCUACGUUACUUCCCCAAAGGCCACAAGAACUGUUAUGGUUUACCCCUUCAAGAUGCAUAUAUGAAGUUCCUGUUUCGAGCUGGCUUUUACUAUGGCAACUAUGACUGCCUCUCGAAGCCACCUAGCUUUCGUCUAGGGAUAGAUGGAAACAUAUGGGCAGAUGUAACGACUUCCAUGAGCGAAGAGAUGAUCUACUAUGAACUGCUUUACAUAACAAAGAAGUCGCGAGUUAGCGUGUGCUUGAUUCGUACCAUGGACAGUGAUGUUCCCUUCAUUUCUUCUCUUGAAGCUUAUUACAUUUAUGAUGCUUAUAAUUGGAUGGACAACACCACAGCAUUGUACCUUCAUGGCAGGAUCAACUACGGCGCAAAUACAAGUGUUAAGUAA